AUGGCCGAAGUCAAACACAUUAUCAAUGUUAGGCAUUUGACCUAUGUCCCAGUCGAUACUGAAGAGACCUUAACACCAAAUAAUUUCCUUCUUGGCUCGUAUAAUGGAAUUAAACUUUUCUGUGACAGUGCUGAAGCUUUGAGGAAGAACUGGAUUGCAUGUGAAAACUUCGGAAACCACUUCUGGAAACGAAAGCAAACUGAAACACUAAAAAAACUGCUUCUGAAGUAUCCAGGUCUUUUGCAGUCAACCGAAGGUAAAUCAGAAAUAACAGGAAGCAUUCGGAUUCAGAACAAUAGAUAUCGGGUUCGGUUGAUUUGUCCCAAUUACCCAUCGAUAAAGGAACUCAAUCUACUUGUCUACAGUGGAAUCUCUGUAACUGUUCUUAAAAGCAGCAAUUUCGAUCCCUCUUGGACAGUCAGUCGUGCCAUUGAAGAAAUACCAAACAUUUUGGGAGAGUCAAACACCGUCAAUUACGAGAAACCCUUUUCAAUUUUUGAUGCCCAGCACGAAAUCCUUCAACUAAAAUCCACAUCCUACAAAAUCUACACCAAUAUUCAAUGCGGUUCCAUACGAUUCACUGACUUCAACCAUUUUAAAGGACACUACUUGCAGCUGGGGCUGGACGACACAAACAACUACACAAUAUUUGACCAUAGUCUCCCCAGAGGCAUUCAAUGGGACCAACUAUUACUCUCCAGCAGUUCAUCAAUCAAGAGCUUCUUGGAUCAAUUUUUGAAAUUUCUCGAAGAACUCAAAGAUUUCUACACGAAUUUGGCUGACAUAGAUGAAUUAUGUUAUGUGGUCCAGCCGCCAAAUCCCAACACUAAAGACAAUUGGAGGAUAUUCAAACUCAAAGACAGAGUUUUUGUGAAAAUGGUCCUCGAUCCGUUCACAUCCAGUCCGGUGAAUUUGAGUUUGUAUGGACCAACUUAUGAAGUCGAAGCGCUUCGCCCCACUCUCAGUGAAGGGCUCAAAAAUUGGGACACCGAAAUGGAUGUUCAUGCCAACUUGCUGAGGACCUUCGAAUUGACUUACUUUCCCAUGGCUAUCGAGGGAUCAGAGGAUUGCUGUAACAUUUGCUAUUGCUAUCAGCUCGAGGGACAUGUUCCAUUUGUGUCGUGUGAUAAUCGAAACUGUAGUUUGGUGUAUCAUGCUAUUUGUUUGAAGGAAUGGUUUACUACUUUAACCGAGGGAAAGACGUUUUUAAAUGUUUCUUUUGGAGCGUGUCCAUUUUGUAAAAGUAAACUUUCGACCUCAUUUACUGAAAUGUUGAAAUAGCUUACUUUUUGGUCUGGCAGUUUAGUAAGAAAAAUAGAAAAAUUAAAAAUAAAAGCUAACAAAACAAGUCUUUUUUUUAAUGGGAGAGUUACUGUAAAUUUGAAGCCAUUAUCUUUAUUAAAUUGUGGAACAUCCACGGUCUACAGAUAGAUAUUUUAACUACGACCACGUCUUUCUAGUUGCUAUUGCGGUAUUUGGUUAAUCCUGUACAAAUAUUGAGAUAAACAGGACUCCGCCGAAGUUUCAUUUGAAGAUUAAUUCGUGUGGGCUGACCAUCAGAAAUAAAUACAAGAUAGCUUAAAAAUAACUUGGGAGCAUGCUACUCGCUGGAGCAAAUCAACCAUAAGCAAGUCCCAUGUCUUUACCGCUA